AUUCGCAUAUUCGGUCGAAAUGAAUUCUCGUGAGCAUCGUGAACUCUUGGAGACCUUUUACAAAAAGCAAUCUUGGGUAUUUCGUAUAUUGGCCUUAUGGAAACUACCAGACACUUGUUCGAAACGUUUCACAAUGCUGCAUAAGAUCUACUUUUAUUUCAUACUCAUUUUUUGGGUUUUAUCCUUCGAUGCCAGUUGUCUGAUACAAUUCAUAGCCAACAUCACUGACUUGAAUGAGGUCAUUAAAGUAUUUUUCAUUUUCGCCACCUCAUUGGCGGUGUUUGCUAAAUUCUCAACCAUAAAACUGAAGAAUCAUUUAUAUGCUGAAUUGGUGGAGACCAUUCAUGGUCACAAAUAUCGCCCGGUCAACACCAGAGAGGUGAAAAUAUUUCUUCAAACCCAUCGCCUUUGCCGUAGGGUGCGUAAUUUCUAUUUGGUCAUAUCUUUGUGUGCGCUAAAUGUGGUCAUGCUGACGCAAUACAUUUUUGAUAAUUCCGAAUUGCCCUUGUCGCUAUAUAAUCCGAUUAAUAUCGAUACCAAACUACGUUAUCGUUUGAUGUAUUUGUAUCAGUACAUAGCCGUCUCGAUUUGCUGUUACAUGAACAUUGCCUUUGAUUCGCUUUCGGCAUCGUUUAUGAUACACAUCAAGGGGCAAUUGGAUAUUUUGUGUGAUCGUUUGGAGAAUUUGGGCUUAGACUAUGGCAGCGAUGACCAUGAGAUAACUUGGCAGCUCAAGGAUUGUGUCAGAUAUUAUGCCGAUAUAUUGCAUAUCACAAGGAUUGCCGAGAAUCUCAUCAGUUUUCCUAUAUCCAUACAAAUUGCUUGCUCUGUACUGGUGUUGGUGGCCAACUUCUAUGCCAUGUCUUUUCUUUCUGAUCCUGGAGAUUAUGCAAAUUUUAUGAAAUUCUUAAUCUAUCAACUGUGCAUGCUAUCGCAAAUUUACAUUCUAUGCUAUUUUCCCAGUGAGGUCACGACGAAAAGCCAAGAAGUACCCUAUUAUUUGUAUUGUUCCAAUUGGGUUGAUUGGAAUAGAUUCAAUAGAAAACUAACAUUGCUGAUAAUGACUCGAUUUGAUAUACCAAUACGUAUCAGGUCAAUUAAUCCCACUUAUACAUUUAAUUUGGCUGCUUUUACAUCGAUCGUGAACUCAUCUUACAGCUACUUUGCACUACUCAAAAGGAUUAAUAGUUAAUUACUUAAUAUGGGUUAUUGGAAUCACCAUACACAUCAUUUCUUGGUUAUAUAUAGGCGAACGAAAGAUAUUUUUUUCUGAGAAGCGACGAAUAU